AUGGCUCCUAGAAAUUUCACCCAGGUCACUGAGUUUAUUCUCACUGGCAUCUCAACCACUCCACAGUUGCAAGUUCCCCUCUUCUUGGUCUUCUUCAUGAUCUAUGGGCUGGCCGUGACAGGAAACCUGGGCAUUAUCACCCUCACCAGUGUUGACUCUCGACUUCAAACCCCCAUGUACUUUUUCCUGCGACAUUUGGCUAUCAUCAAUCUUGGAAACUCUACUGUCAUUGCCCCUAAAAUGCUGACUGCUUUCGUUGUAAAUAAGAAUAUCACUUCAUACUAUGAAUGUGCUGCCCAAAUGGGAGGGUUCGUGUUUUUCAUUGUGUCUGAGGUCAUCCUGCUCUCUGUGAUGGCCUACGAUCGUUAUGUGGCCAUUUGUAACCCCCUGAUGUAUAUGGUGGUGGUAUCUCCACGGUUGUGCCAUCUGCUGGUAGCCCUCACAUACCUCUAUGGCUUUUCAACAGCUGUGGUGGUUUCCCCUUGUGUGUUCUCCAUGUCUUAUUGCUCUUCCAAUGUAAUCAAUGACUUUUAUUGUGAUAUUGCCCCCGUGUUAGCAUUGUCCUGCUCUGAUAUUUACAUGCCAGAAACUGUGGUUUUUAUAUCGGCAACAACCAAUUUGUUAUUUUCUUUAAUCAUAGUUGUGGUAUCUUAUUUUAACAUUGUUUUGUCCAUUCUAAGAAUACGUUCAUCUGAAGGAAGGAAAAAAGCCUUUUUCACUUGUGCUUCCCAUAUGAUGGCUGUCACAGUUUUCUAUGGGACACUGCUAUUUAUCAAUUUGAAACCUCGAAGAAAACACUCAUUCGAUUCUGAUAACAUCACUUCUGUGUUUUACACAAUGGUGAUCCCGAUGCUGAAUCCCAUGAUCUACAGCCUGAGGAAUAAGGAUGUGAAGGCCGCCUUAAAGAGAUGCAUGACAAACCCAUGCUAUUCGUUUAAGCCAAUGUAA